CCCUCUGUGCCACCCGUUUCAAGCCAAUCUGACAUUGGACUGAAUCCGCGUAGUGCUCAUGGCUCCCCGCAGCGUCGCCAGCUUAUCUGCUUCGCUCGCCACCUCGCUGUCUCCGCAUACGCGCUUCUCGUUCCCCUCAUAUCAUCCCAUUUCCUCUUUUCUCCUCCCCUCUCGUCUCGCGUCUCUACUCCUUCUCCCCCUCCUUUUCCUGCUCGUCCUUUCCGCAAUCCCUUCCCCCAGCGACUCCGUCCCCCUCUCUCGCGCCAAUCCAUCCGCGCGCCGUCCGCAACCACACUCUCCUCCGCCCCCCUCCUCUUUCCCGCUCCCCGCCUCCCGCCUUUUGUCCCGCGUAGGCUCACAGGCACAGGAAUCAAGAGGCGAAAAAUCUUCGCAAGAGCAAUCGGUUGAGAAACCGCAACGAGCGGGAUCGGUAGAUGCGCCGUCAUGGGACGCCCUGUCGUCGCUGCGCACCGCGAGCGACGCCGACUACCGCGCGCUGGUCGCGCCGCUGGCGGAGAUGGCGGCGAACGCGUACCGGUGGUCGUUCGCACCGAUUAAGGAAGUGGCGGGGUGGCGGCUGUCGGACAGAGUGCCGCCCGUUGCUCCCAUCGACGGCGGCAUGCACGCGCUCGUGUUCCAGGAGGGCGUGCCGUCCAACGAGCCAGACUGUGAGUCGGAGGGCAGUAGGGCAGCCGAGGGUGCAGUGUCUACAGAAGCAGAAGCAGGUGUUUCGCUGGACUCACCAGCGUCAGUGACAGCUUCGUCCUCACUCUCACCCCCCUCCACCACCACCAUCUCCUCCUCCUCCUCCUCCUCCUCCUCCUCCUCCUCCUCCUCCUCCUCCUCCUCCUCCUCCUCCUCCUCCUCCUCCUCCUCCUCCUCCUCCCCCUCACCCCCCCGCAUCGUCAUUGCCUUCCGCGGCACCUUUCUCGCCAACCUCUCUCCCCGCCCGCCUCCUCCUCCCCCUCCGCAUCCACCCCCCCCCUCCCCGCCUUACCCUUCCCCCCAGCAGCAGCAGCAGCAGCAGCAGGCGGACCUAUGCGCGGAUCACCUGCUGUGGGGGGACCCCUCCGCGCCCGCCCCUGCCUUCUGCGGCCUCUUUCCCCCCGCCACCCUUGACUACUACUCCCAGGCCCUGGCGCUAGUGGGGGAGGUGUUGUCAGUGUAUGGUCGCACCUCUCCCGUGCUGCUCACAGGCCACAGUCUAGGAGGAGGCCUUGCAGUGCUUGCAUCUGCCGCCUUCUCCUCUGCGCCUCUUCCCCUCUCCGCUGCCCCAUCCCUCUCCCCCCGUGCUGUCGACGAUGCUGCUGCCACUUCGGAUGACGGUUAUGGCUCCAGCGCUCUCUUCUCCGGGUCGCUUGUGCUUCCCGUGCUGGCCUUCUCGCCAGCUGGUGCGCGCAGUGCUGCAUUGCGGCGCCGUCUGACCUUUGCUGCAGAGCGCAGCAACCUGGCAUACAGCAUUGCUGAUGUGUGGGACCCUCUCAUCCAGCUAGCGCCCUACCAGCAGCUCGGCUCCCUCUACCUCUACCGCUCCUCUGAGCCGCCUCCCUGUCAAGCCUGCUAUGGCAAUGGCUCCCUGCCAUGCGGCACCCCUGAUGAUGGUGCCGAUGGGAAGGAGCAUGAGCGCCCCACCCUGUUACAGCUCCUACAGUCAAGCUCGACUGCUCCCAACCCAAUGCGUCCUCAAAACCCUCCUGUGCAUGGACAAAAUCUAGGGACAGCAGAUGAGGCAACGAGUGGUAACCGCAGCGCGAGUAACGAUCCGCCACCGCCCCCGGCUGCGUGCACAUCGUGCUUCCUGUCCACGCAUAUCCUGCGCCAUGUCAUGGCCCUCGUGUACAAUAGUCCUCGUCCCUCCUGCGCGCCUGUGCCCAUGCCCCCUGCACAUGGCAGCAUGCCUAGCCAUAGGUGGGUCUCUCAUGGGGGCAAUCAUCUGAGGGCAGCUGCUUGAUUGACUUGGGCUUUUCCAACCAUCGUCGCUGUGUCUGUCAGCAUACCGUAAAUACAAUUGGAAGCUUCCCAUUUGUUGGCAUGCUUGUAUGGUUUUCCGUUGCUUAGCCAACGCCUUGGUGAAAGUAA